UUUUGACGUGCCGCAUUCCGGCUGAAUAGGUGCAUGUGGCUUUCGGAACAGGGAAUCGUACACGAAUUGGCCAAAUGCUCUCUGCAUUGUGUGAUAGGUAAUGGUCGCCUUAUCGAUAGGAGAGAUUUUGCCGGAACGUUGCUCAACGUCACCAAGCCAUAGUAACUCGCAGAUUCAUAGUCGCUCACAUUCACAUUGUAAAAUCGAGCUAACUCUUAGCAACAACACACAUAUUGUCAUAUUUUCUUCUACCCAUUCUCCUCCUCCAACUCUCAACAACUACCCACAACCUAACAGCGAUACCCACGCUCCUCGCUCUAUCAAAAUCCUCCUUCUUCCCAUCCGCCUCCUACCCCUGUCCACAUCAACUCUAUCCACAUCUACCCCAUCCAUGCCCACAUCUAACGUCUACUUGCUCCAACUUCCAUCCAGCGAAUUACUUAUAGGGAGAUGGUAACAUCAAUCGCAAGACACGCAAGGAAAACGGCCAAGCCCGGGCCUUUGCUUCUAGAAUGUACAGAAAAAAAAAAAAGAAAAAAAAAAGAAAACAAGAGUAUGAGUCCAAUAUGUCCAAACAGAGAUAUCGACGCCAAGUUAUGCGGUGAGGCCAAGAUAACGGACACAGAUCUAGGCGCCCAGGUUAACUCAAGUCGAAAUUGCGAUGCGUAGUGCUUUUUUCAAAGGAACCAGCGCUUCCGGCGGUACAA